CCACAACAACCCUUCUCCCUGUGAUUUGUAUCUCUGGCUGCAGUUUACCCUCUCUGUAUCCAUCUAAAAAAUCUGCUUUCUUUUACCCUUACAAUACUUUCUUCACCAUGUCUGUCGUUUCGCUUCUUGGGGUCAAGGUUCUAAAUAACCCCGCCAGUUUUACCGACUCUUACGAGUUCGAGAUCACCUUCGAGUGCCUUGAGCAGCUCCAAAAAGAUCUGGAAUGGAAAUUGACUUAUGUCGGCUCGGCUACGUCAUCCGAGUAUGACCAGGAGCUUGACUCGCUUCUCGUGGGCCCGAUCCCCGUAGGAGUCAACAAAUUCAUUUUCGAGGCCGACGCUCCAGACCUUAAACGGAUUCCGACUUCGGAGAUUCUUGGCGUAACCGUGAUCCUCCUCACCUGCAGUUACGACGGCAGAGAGUUUGUUCGUGUGGGAUACUACGUGAACAACGAGUACGACUCGGAAGAGCUUGCCGCAGACCCUCCUGCCAAGCCUAUCAUAGAGCGUAUCCGCCGUAAUGUUCUGGCGGAAAAGCCUCGAGUGACCCGAUUUGCCAUCAAAUGGGACUCGGAAGAAUCCGCCCCUGCCGAAUAUCCCCCCGAACAACCCGAGGCCGACAAUCUCGAAGACGACAGCAAUGCCUACGGUGCUGAGGAGCGCGAACUUGAGGCCGCUUUGAUCAAAGAACUCCAGGAGAGCGAGAAGGAUGCAGGUGGAGACCACGAGAUGGAAGGCGCUGAAGAAACCGCCGGCAAAGAUGACGAGGAGGAAGAUAUCUCCGACGCGGAAAGUGAAGACCUUGAAGCUGAAAGUGAUGAUGACGAGGAGGACCUUGACGAAGACGAGGCUGGUGACGGUGACGACGAUGUGGAAAUGGGCGACGACUCGGAACAAAAAGACGAGGCGAACAAACCGGAUCACAUCGCACAACACCCAAUGGCCGAAACUAUGGUCCACUAAAUGUGUCUUUGAUCUUUGAUGGUUUACGAAUCACUCUAUUUCAUGACUUUUGAGAUUAGUUCCAAAUAUUCCUGCAGUUCAUGUUUAUCCCCCAUCAAGUAUUUUUAAAACUAAGAAAUAAGACAUCUUGUUGCCACAAUUCAGCAAUAGAGAUGAAAGUCACCAUGACAACUGCUGUUACAUUUAUGAGGCUAUGGAAGGCAGAUGUAAGGGG